AACGGGGGCGUGUGCACCCCGCGCCCCGCGCCCGGCCCGCAGUCCCCGGCCCCUGCCGGCGAGCCCGACUACAGCUGCACCUGCCCCGCCGGGGUCUCCGGCGCCAACUGCCAGCUCGUGGCGGAUCCUUGCGCCAGCACCCCCUGUCACCAUGGCAACUGCAGCAGCAGCAGCAGCAGCAGCAGGGGGGGCUACCUCUGCGUUUGCCACGAAGGCUACGAAGGUCCCAACUGUGAACAGGCGCUGCCCAGCCUCCCCGCCUCCGGCUGGACCGAGUCCAUGGCCCCCAGGCAGCUGCAGCCUGCCCCCGCCACCCAGGAGCCCGACAUCAUCCUGCCCCGCUCUCAGGCCACCGUGACCCUGCCCACCUGGCAGCCCAAAACAGGGCAGAAAGUUGUAGAAAUGAAAUGGGAUCAAGUGGAGGUCGUCCCAGAUAUUGCCUGUGGGAAUGCGAGUUCUAACAGCUCUGCUGGUGGCCGCCUGGUAUCCUUUGAAGUGCCACAGAACACCUCAGUCAAAAUUCGGCAAGAUGCCUCCGCCUCGCUGAUUUUGCUGUGGAAGGUCACAGCCACGGGAUUCCAACAGUGCUCCCUCAUCGAUGGACGGAGUGUGACUCUCCUCCAGGCCCCCGGGGGCCUGGUCCUCUUGGAGGAGAUGCUCGCCUUAGGGCACAACCACUUCAUCGGUUUUGUGAAUGAUUCUGUUACUAAAUCUAUUGUGGCUUUGCGCCUAACUCUGGUGGUGAAGGUCAGCACCUGUGUGCUGGGGGAGAGCCAUGCAAAUGACAUGGAGUGUUCUGGAAAAGGAAAAUGUACCACGAAGCCGUCAGAGGCAACGUUUUCCUGUACCUGUGAGGAUCCGUACGUGGGUACUUUCUGUGAAGAAUUUGAUGCCUGCCAGCGGAAGCCCUGUCAGAACAACGCCGGUUGUGUGGACGCAAAUGAGAAGCAAGAUGGGAGCAAUUUCACCUGCGUCUGCCCUCCUGGUUAUACUGGAGAGCUUUGCCAAUCCAAGAUUGAUUAUUGUAUCCUAGAUCCAUGUAGAAAUGGAGCAACGUGUGUUUCUAACCUCAGUGGAUUCACCUGCCUGUGUCCAGAAGGAUACUUCGGCGCUGCCUGCGAGGAAAAGGUGGACCCCUGUGCCUCGUCCCCAUGCCAGAACAACGGCACCUGCCACGCGGAAGGCAUGCAUUUCAGCUGCAGCUGCAGCUCGGGCUUCACGGGGCCAGCGUGCGCCCAGCUUGUGGACUUCUGCGCGCUCAGCCCCUGCGCGCACGGCACCUGCCACAGUGUGGGCACCAGCUAUAAAUGCCUCUGUGACCCAGGUUGGUACCGUCAUGGGACGCAAGUCCUUGCUCUCUCCAGUCUCAGACUUUGACCUUUUGUUUUGCAUCUGGGCAGA